AUGGCCGGUGGUCUACACCACCACAGAACCAACUUGGAUAAGUACCACCCUGGUUACUUCGGUAAAGUUGGUAUGAGAUACUUCCACAAGCAGAAGGCCCACUUCUGGAAGCCAGUCUUGAACUUGGACAAGUUGUGGACCUUGGUGCCAGAAGCUAAGAGAGACGAGUAUUUGCAAUCUGCUUCUAAGUCCGCUGCUCCUGUUAUCGACACUUUGGCUGCCGGUUACGGUAAGGUCUUGGGUAAGGGUAGAAUUCCAAACGUCCCAGUCAUCGUCAAGGCUAGAUUCGUCUCCAAGUUGGCUGAGGAAAAGAUCAGAGCUGCUGGUGGUGUCGUUGAAUUGAUUGCUUAA